UUUCUGACUGGAUCCGAAAUGGAUCUCUGCUUCAUAUGUAAUAGUGUCUAGUGGAUAUUUUACCUCUUAAAUAAACCAGUAAGUGUAUACGUUUAUUCUUACUGGCAGCCAUUAAUUUCGGUUUAUCUCUAGCAAUGGCUCAGGAUUAUACAACUAUUUUAGUUUACGUGAGCUAACAUCCUAAAUGCAUUUUGUGUGUGUGUGAAAAUGCUAAAAAGAAAAAUUCUCAUUUGCAUACUAAAAACUAAGUGGUCAGUAAACACCAGCAAGUGUUGCCAUCCCUUUUCAUGGGAAUGUACAUAAUGCAUCCUCAAAAAGUUGGCAGAUUAUGUCAUGGAUUCAUUUGUAUGUUCCGUUAACCAGAAAGAGAAAUGUAGAUUACUGAUUUCAGUACCAUGGUUGUUCUGAAAAACGGUUUUGAGCAUGAAGAUAAUAAUAAUAAUAAUUAAUAAUAAUGGGUUAAUAAUAUGGUUUUGUAUUUUCAGUGUUAUUGAGUCCCUUCUUUUCCUCACUAGAGAUCGAUAAGAAGAUGACGCCCACAAGAGACCCCAGUAAUCAGCAAAAAACGUCUUCCCCAGCUUGUCCGAUCUCUCAUGUCCAAAUAAAGACAGAGCUUCACCACUGUUCAGACUGUGGGAAGAGUUUUACCUACCAGAGUAGUCUUCAAAAACACCGGCGCAAUCACACAGGUGAGAAGCCCUACGACUGCUCGCAAUGUGGCAAGCGUUUUAAUCGCCUCGGCAAUUUCAAACGGCACCAACAGACUCACUCGGGAGAGAAGCCGUAUGAUUGCCCGCAGUGUGGAAAGAGUUUUACUCAGCUCUGCUAUUUCAAAGAACACCAACGGAUUCACACGGGAGAGAAACCCUUUAUUUGCGUACAGUGUGGAAGCAGCUUUACUCAAUCGAGCACUCUCCGAAGACACCAGCGCAUUCACACGGGAGAGAAGCCGUAUCCCUGCCCGCAGUGCGGAAAGAGUUUCACUCGGUUCAGUAGUUUCAAAAAGCACCAACACAUUCACACGGGAGAGAAACCGUUUAUCUGCAUGCAGUGUGGGAGCAGGUUCGCUCACCUGGGUAAUCUCAAAACACACCAGCGCAUGCACACGGGAGAGCGUCCGUAUCACUGCUCGCACUGCGGGAAGUAUUUCACUCGACUCAGCAGUUUCAAACAACACCAACAAAUUCACACGGGAGAGAAACCGUUCAUCUGCUUACAGUGUGGGAGACGAUUCACUCACUGCGGCACUCUGAAAACACACCAGCGCGUCCACACGGGAGAGAAGCCAUACCGCUGCUCACACUGUGGGAAGAGUUUUGCUCACAUGAAUAAUUUCCAGCGCCACCAGGGGACUCACACGGGACAGAAACCCUAUAAUUGCUCACAGUGCGGGAAGAGUUUUAAUCUAGAGCGUAAUCUCCAAGAUCACCAGCGCGUUCACACCGGAGAGAAUCUGUAUCACUGCUCGCGCUGCGGGAAGCGUUUCAGCCGGCGCAGUAAUUUCGAACAACACCAACGAAUUCACACGGGAGAGAAACCGUUCAUCUGCUUACAGUGUGGGAGACGAUUCACUCAGCGAGGUACUCUUAAAACUCACCAAAGGAUCCAUUCGGGAGAGAAGCCGUAUCAAUGCUCACACUGUGGACGGAGUUUUGCCCAUAUGAGUACUUUCCAGCGCCAUCAAGGAAGUCACACGUGACAGAAACCUAGAACUUCCAACAACACCAGCGCAUUCACACAGGAGAAAAACUGUAUCAGUGUUCACAGCUUGGGAAGAGCCUUGUACAGCUGAAUCAUAACCAACAUCACCAGUAUUCACUAUGUAAUACAAGCUUACACUUUCAACAGAUAUGUAAAAUCAUUUUAAAACACACAGUAGAUACAUCAGUUUUUCUAUUUUGUGUUAAA